AUAUCUAAAAUAAAUAAAACAAUAGUCAAAUAAAAUGGAGUUCUCUCUAAAACCUUCAGCUUUAAAGAUGACUCGGACAAGUUUUGUCAUAGUAGUAGUUUUAGCAAUAUGCAGUUUUCAGAUGAUGGAAUCAUCUCCAGAUUUAGCCAACAAGGUGAAGGCAAAUAAUAUUCAAUAUGACGCGAUUAAUUGUCGAAAACAUAGCGCAGUUAUAACCGAAUUUGGAGCUGUGGGUGAUGGAAAAACAUCAAACACAAAAGCGUUUAAGGAAGCCAUAACCAAGCUUGCUCCUAAGGCGGCCGACGGUGGAGUGCAGCUCAUUGUUCCACCAGGAAAAUGGCUCACCGGAAGUUUCAACCUUACCAGCCAUUUUACUUUGUUCAUCCAGAAAGAUGCAACCAUUCUUGCUUCUCAGGAUGAAUCUGAAUAUCCAGUGGUUGCACCAUUGCCAUCCUAUGGACAAGGAAGAGAUGCUGCUGGGCCAACAUUCGCUAGUUUAAUCUCUGGCACAAACCUAACUGAUGUUGUUAUCACCGGUAACAACGGAACAAUCAACGGACAAGGAAAAUACUGGUGGGUGAAGUAUCGAAGUGGUGGAUUUAAGAAUAUCACGAGACCUUACACACUCGAACUCGUGUUCUCUAAAGACGUUCAGAUCUCGAACAUCACAAUCGUCGAUUCGCCUGCAUGGAAUAUUCAUCCAGUGUAUUGCACUAACGUCAUCGUUAAAGGCGUUACCAUUCUCGCUCCUAUCGAUUCUCCUAACACCGAUGGAAUCAACCCUGAUUCAUGCACCAACACAUUGAUCGAAGACUGUUUCGUAGUCUCCGGAGACGACUGCAUCGCCGUCAAGAGCGGUUGGGAUCAGUUCGGUAUCAAAGUCGGAAUGCCAACUCAGCAACUCUCUAUCCGAAGGUUCACAUGCAUCUCUCCCGACAGUGCUGGAAUAGCACUCGGAAGUGAAAUGUCCGGUGGAAUCAAAGACGUUAGGAUGGAAGACAUAACGUUGCUUCAGACACAAUCCGCUAUCCGAAUCAAAACAGCUGUUGGUCGUGGAGGUUACGUUAAAGAUAUCUUUGCUCGAAGGUUCACAAUGAAGACAAUGAAAUACGUUUUCUGGAUGAGUGGUGCUUAUAACCAACACCCUGCUUCGGGUUAUGACCCCAAGGCUAUGCCCGAGAUUACGAAUAUUAAUUACCGUGACAUGACCGCGGAUAACGUUACGCAGCCCGCUAGGCUCGAUGGAUUCACCAACGAUCCUUUCACCAAGAUAUGUAUGUCGAAUAUAAACAUUGCUUUGGCUGCUGAGCCCAAGAAGUUGCUGUGGAAUUGUACAGCCAUCUCCGGAGUUUCUAGCAAGGUGACGCCAAAACCGUGUAGCUUGUUGCCGGAGAAUGCUCCCGUCGACUGUGCUUUUCCGGUUGAUAAGAUUCCUAUUGAAUUUGUUGUCCUGAACAAAUGCUCUGCUUAGAGAUUGUUGCGGAUAUUAUAUAAUUAAUUUCAUCAUCAUAUAUAUAA